AUGUCCAUCAACGUCGUCAUCCUUGUCGCCGCCACUGCGAUGUCCGCUUUCUACGGGAGGUCUCGUCGACAUGAGCAACUCCAGGAACGGGUCCCAGAACACUAUGUUCGUGCUGGAGAGGAGCGUUGCGAUCGUGUGUUCAUGCGUGGCCGCCCUCUGCUACGUGUACAUUGUCAUGAGCAUUCGAGCUCGCGAGUUCGUCGCCACAUGUCCCAAUUGGUGCACGUGCUCGCUUUGUUGAACCUCCCAGGACAGAUUGCCCGUAUCGUGCUGGAAGGAUUGAAGUCGUCCGAACCUGCUUCGUCCUUCGCCCGGUGCAAAGCACCUUCGUCGCCACGUCAGUCUGAGACUGCCGACUGUGGCGGCUGGAAAGUGUUGUUGGUGCAGUCCCUCAUCGCUGGUCUUCGAUCAUCGAAUCUGAUAUCGUGGUUGUGGCAAUGCGUGAUGGCCUACCACUUGUGGCUGUGGGUCGUGUGGGGUUUCGAUUGUCGCCGCAUGUGCCGGCACAUUCGCAUCCUCCAAAUCGUGUCGGUGCUUGUGGCGGUCGCGCUCAGCGCAGGCCCCUUCUUUGGUCCAUGUCCGGCCUACGACAUCGCAACGUUUGCCGCCGCCAUCACGUCGUCCCCGUCGCUCCUUGUCGUGUGUCAUGUCCUGUGGCUUGUCUUCAGUCUCGGGAUCAUGGUCGUGGCGGUGCUCGUGGUGCUCUGUCGUAAGCUAUCAUGUGUCUCGUCUAGGAUGCAUUCAUCAUGUACUAGGCAAAAACCCAAUCACCUGGCGGCGUACCAUCAAGUCGGAAAGGUUCUUACGGUGUGCAUCUGGUACUCGAUUCUGUAUCGCAUUGUCGAGGCCCCUGUUUUAGCGCUCAAUGUGAUUGCACCUGCAUCGGUCAGGUCGUCUCACGCCAUCCAAGGUCCACGCUUUGCCUUGCACCAUGUACUUGGUCCGCUCGAAGGAUGUGGCCUGGCCGUGUUGUAUGGGGGAGCGGUCGUGUCGUGGUCGGCAAAGCACGACGCGUACGUCCAGACGACGUACCCGUCGUCGUCAUCGUCCAACCACCACACGUCUGCUGGCCGACGCUGUCACAGCCUGGACCACAUGUGCUUGUUUGUGACAGCGUAUGA